UCCUCGUUAUAUUGCAAGUCUGACGCGCUUCAUCCAUAUAAAAGCGAUUCUAACGGAAGCAGUCCUCCAUUUUCAUCGUUGCGAGUACCAUGUCGCACAGGAAGUUCAGUGCUCCCCGCCAUGGGUCUAUGGGAUUCUAUCCUAAAAAAAGAUCCCAGCGUCACCGUGGGAAAGUAAAGGCAUUCCCCAAGGAUGACCCGAGCAAACCAGUCCAUUUGACUGCUUUUGUUGGUUAUAAGGCUGGCAUGACCCACGUGGUCAGGGAAGCUGAUCGGCCAGGAUCAAAGGUGAACAAAAAGGAAAUUGUGGAAGCAGUUACAAUUCUUGAGACACCACCGAUGAUCGUGGUUGGUGUGGUUGGUUAUACAGAAACUCCACAUGGUCUGCGUGCUCUUACCACAGUUUGGGCAGAACAUCUUUCUGAAGGUUGCCGUAGAAGGUUCUACAAGAAUUGGUACAAGAGCAAAAAGAAGGCAUUCACAAAAGCUUCCAAGAAAUGGCAAGAUGAUCUUGGCCGUAAAUCCAUAGAAAAUGACUUGAAUAAAAUCGUAAAGUACUGUAAAGUUGUAAGAGUUAUUGCUCAUACUCAGAUGAGGUUGUUGAAACAACGUCAGAAGAAAGCACACAUUAUGGAGGUUCAAUUGAACGGUGGAACUGUUAGAGAUAAAGUUCAGUGGGCUCGUGAACAUUUAGAAAAGCCUGUACCAGUGAAUGAUGUGUUCGCCCCAGACGAAAUGAUCGAUGUAAUUGGCGUGACAAAAGGAAAAGGGUACAAAGGUGUCACAUCACGUUGGCAUACAAAGAAAUUGCCACGCAAAACACAUAAAGGUCUGAGGAAAGUAGCUUGUAUCGGUGCUUGGCAUCCAAGCCGCGUGUCAUUCACUGUUGCACGUGCUGGUCAAAAAGGAUAUCACCAUCGCACAGAAAUGAAUAAGAAGAUCUACAGAAUUGGACAAGGCAUUCACACCAAGGAUGGCAAGAUCGUGAAGAACAAUGCUUCAACCGAAUAUGAUCGUACCGAAAAAACCAUUACCCCUAUGGGUGGCUUUCCUCAUUAUGGUGAAGUGAACAAUGACUUCGUUAUGAUUAAAGGUUGCUGCAUGGGACCGAAAAAACGUGUGAUUACACUGCGCAAGUCAUUGCUGGUACACACCAAACGGUCUGCCUUGGAGAAGAUCAGUCUGAAAUUCAUCGAUACUAGCUCCAAAUUCGGACAUGGGCGCUUCCAAACCGCAGCCGACAAAGCUUCUUUCAUGGGUCAACUUAAGAAAGAUCGUAUCCGUGAAGAACAGGCUAAAGCUACGACUUCGGCGCCAUCAGCUACAGCUGCCCAGUAGAAAUCACAUUCACUUAGCGCUGUAUGCAGUGGACAAUAAAAGAUUUUAAAGAAA